AUGGCACUAAAAAAUUUUACGGAAGACGAAAACCAUAAAACUGUCGAAGAACUGUUCUGCACGGCAGAAUUAGUCAGAGGUGUGGAUGACGAGCUUAUCUUUGUUUCAGCUCUACAUAGUUUUCUGUCCAUUACUGCAUUUCUGGGGAACACUCUGAUCCUAGCGGCUCUGCACAAGGAAACUUCACUUCAUCCGCCGUCCAAACUCCUGUAUCGUAACCUAGCGAUAACUGAUCUCUGUGUUGGUAUCAUUGCAGAGCCUUUCUAUGUGACUUACUUAACAUCUGUUGUGAACGAAAGAUGGGAUAUUUGCUAUUACGCAUAUUGGGCGGUAACUUACUCAGGUUUAACUUUGUGUACAGUGUCUUUAUUAACACUGACUGCAAUAAGCGUGGACAGACUUCUCGCCUUGUUGCUGGGGCUCAGAUACAGACAAGUUGUGACUUAUAGAAGAACAUGUAUAACUGCGACUGGAUUUUGGAUUUUGUCGAUUGUCGGUGCAUCUACUCUCUUUUGGAAUCGUCGUAUGACUUCAUGGUUUCAAUAUACAGUUACAGCUUUGUGUCUGGUCACCACAAUCUUCGCUUACGCAAAAAUUUUCGUUACCCUGCGUCAUAACCAAAUUCAUGUUCAGAACCAUGCUUCUCGAGCGCAACCGUGCGAAGCAAUUCCAUUGAACAUAGCUCGAUACAGAAAGGCAGUGUACAGUGCACUGUGGGUGCAGGGAACAGUGGCUAUUUGUUAUCUUCCAUAUAAUAUAGCGGUCUUUUUGACACCUCAGAGAGGGAUGCCUUUAUCGAUUUACCUUGCCAGGAGUUCCACAGCUGGCAUGGUUUUGGUAAACUCGUCAUUAAACCCAUUGUUGUACUGUUGGAAGAUCAGCGAAGUAAGGCAAGCUGUAAAAGAAACAUUAAGGCAACUCUUCUGUCGAUCGAGUUAG